GCCCCACCCCGUCGCGAUCGCUUUUCUUCUCCCCCAAGACCAGAGAUUACUUGCGCUUCGAUUUGAUUUUAGGUCAAUGCUCGAAGCAAUUUCUCCUCCUCGAUCCUUCUAGAAGCCCGAAUCGAAAGGCUAAAACCCUAGAAGCAGAUACGCUUCAGCGCGAAACCCUAAUCCCCAAAUGGCCCCAAUGGCGGGCGGCGGCGGGGUACCGUGGGGGGACCGGGCCAGGGUGGUCGGGGCGCAGAUCCGCAGCAGGUUCCGCGUCGGCGUGGCGCCCGUGGACCGGCGGUGGCUGUGGCGGCGCGGGGACGGGCGCGUCGCCUCCGAGGCGGUCCGGCAGUGGACGGAACGCGUGCGGAGCCUGUGGCAGAGGGAGAAGAGUACGGAUCAGAUCUCCUCGUCUCCGGGGACGUCCCAGGUGGCGGCCGCGGCGAAGCCAUCAUCGAGUGCUUUGAGGUUCUACAGAAAGAAAGUGGGCAAGGAGGUUGAUGGAAUUGAAGAUUCUGUUAUUUUUCGGUCGCUUCAAGCAUUGGCUGUUCCUCUUAUUGGCAAUGCUUGUCAUAUUUUUAUGCAUGGCCUCAACUCUGUUCAGAUUUAUGGUGCAGAGAAACUUCAGCAGGCAUUACAGGAGAGACCUAAAGGCAAGCCUCUCCUAACGGUCAGCAAUCAUGUGGCAGCUAUGGAUGAUCCCUUUGUAAUUGCGUCAAUUCUCCCACCAUCAGUCAUGUUGGAAGCUCAAAAGCUGAGAUGGACAUUAUGUGCGAGUGAUCGUUGCUUUACAAAUCCAAUUUUGUCUACAUUCUUCAGGUCUGUUAAAGUGCUACCUGUUUCUCGUGGCGAUGGCAUCUACCAAAAGGGAAUGGACAUGGCACUUUCAAAGUUGAACAAUGGUGGAUGGGUUCAUAUUUUCCCAGAAGGAAGUCGUUCAAAGGAUGGAGGGAAAACCGUCGCUCCUGCCAAGAGAGGUGUUGGAAGAUUGGUAAUGGACGCUGACAGCCUUCCAGUUGUAAUACCCUUUGUCCAUACAGGAAUGCAGGAUAUAAUGCCUGUCGGAAAACGUAUUCCAAGAGCAGGCAAAAGGGUGAUUGUGGUUGUUGGUGAUCCAAUCAACUUCAACGACCUUAUCAUUGACAACAGCGAUGAAACCCAACACAUCUCUAGAGGCAUUUUGUAUGACAAAGCAACAGAAAGGAUUGGGCAGAGACUGCAGGAACUGAAAGCCGAAGUCGAUAGAUUAGCAGCAGAGCAGAAAUCUGAACUCCAACAUCAUCAUGCCCGUGAUACUGUCAACUAUGGUACCCGACUGUGGCAGCAGGUUGAUUGGGAAGCAUUUGGCAUGGAGAGUUCAAUGCUGUCACCAGAACCUUCAGACGUGCAAGAGCCGUUGAAGAAAGCCAAGCCUGUACUACACCUGGAAUCUGAACAUGCCAAGCCUGAACUACACCUGGAACCUGAGCAAGCCAAGCAUGAGCUACACACGGAACAAUGCGUUCCUGCAGCUCCAAGUGCCGAGAUCUGCUCCAAUUUCGGUGUUCCGCUCUUCUUCAGACAGCACACGGACCCUUCUGAGCUCAUGGGGUUUGCCGCCCGUGGCCUGCUCAAGAAUGGCAGGUUCAUGGAGGAGGAAGGCUACCGGGAAUUGCAACGGCAGGGCGCAAUGAACAUGUUUUGGGGAUCUCAGGCCAACAAUACUGUACUAUAGUGAGCGGCCUUACUCAUGAAUGUGGCCGCGCCCUCCUUUGUACAUAAGUUUACUGAAGAUGACACGCCGACACGAAUUAGGACAGCUUCUUGUUUCUUUGCUGCAUACAGUUUUGGAACAAACGAAGUGGACACACCUUCUUUCUCCUAGGGGCAACUUGAAUGGCAUAUGCAUUUCGCUUCUCAAGAAUCAUAUAAUACGCAUGGUUUAUAUUAUCAUGUAAACAUGGUUACAUUCUAAAUCAAGAGCCUCAUCUUUUCGCUUA